GUGAACUUCCGUAUUAGACUUUUCACUCGGAACUUCCGGUACUUCUCCCCAUGGUCUCCGCCCCUCCACAUACAAUGCAAUGGGCGUUUCCAAACAAAAGACAGCAGGAUACUUCAAAAUGGGAGAGAGCUUCCACGAACAGCUGCGAAUAGACAGCCGGUUCCUGAAAUCGGACCAACGUCUAGAUACAGAACUGGUGGAUAAACUCAUCCUGCAGCUCAACAGAAUCUACCCCCAGAUCCUGACUGACAAGGAGGCCUCCAGGUUCAGGGAUUUGGAUGUGCCCACCUGUAUCAGGCUGGCGGAGCUGCUGUCUCAUCUACAGGACAAAGGAGAGGAGGCAUGUCGAGAGUUUUACCGCGCACUGCACCUCCACGUGGAGGACGUUUAUUUCAGCUUACCCACACGCCUCCGACUCAGAGAGUCUGGUGAACCCGUAGUCCCAAUCACGAGUCCCAAGCACAGAUAUGUAAUGAAUGACCAUAUUUUGUUUUGUCACUGCACAGGUCCGUUUUUCUUCCUGAGUUGUUUCAGUGUGGCUGUAGGAGCAGCUCUGCUGUAUUACUAUGGUGAGUCCAAGCAGGUGUCAGGCUCCAGCAGCGCUCUGGGUUUGGCUGCGAUGGGUCUUAGUAGAAAAGUGCGGGACGUUUUCAUCUGGUACACAGAAGAUGGAAAAUAAUGGUUUUUUUUGCUGCCUUAAAAAAG